GGGGAAGUGACGUAAGAGGCCGUGCGGCCUGGGAACGGCCAUCGGGACGCGGGCUGCCAUGUCGGCUCUGACGCGGUUGGCGCCUUUCUUUCGGGUUGGAAGCCACUUGUUCCGAGGCCGCGGCCCCGGGGCGGCUGGAGGCAGUGGAGUCCGUCAUGCUGGUGGCGGGGCGCACAUCGAGCCCCGGUACAGGGAGUUUCCCCAGCUGACCAGGUCCCAGGUGCUCCAGGCCGAGUUCUUCAGCGGGACCAUGUGGUUCUGGAUUCUCUGGCGUUUUUGGCAUGACUCGGAUGCUGUGCUGGGUCACUUUCCGUACCCAGAUCCUUCCCAGUGGACGGACGAAGAACUAGGUAUCCUCCCUGACGGUGAAGACUGAGAGCGUUGACCGAACUCUUCCCGAGCAGGAGCCAAGGGAACGUUCCAGGAGGUUGCGGACUUUGUAUCGUACCUGAAAGUUGUAAAUUAAAGUGUUUUGGUCGAGAAAGAG